AGACAAGAGCAGCAACAAAGGCAGCUGCAGUGCAGAAGCAGAAGCAACAGAGGUGCAGUAAUAAUAGGAACAGACUGACUCAGGAGAGAGAGGUGGCAGCUUAGCCAUUAGUUUCAUCCAUGUACAGAAGAUUCUGCGACCAAUUACCCUGCAAAAAUACCCUUCAAAACUAUCAGCUCAACAAAGAACACACAACCUCUCUCUCCCUUUCUCAGAGACAUCUCCCAUUCUUGUUUACUUCAAAAAUGAUGAGUGCAGGUGCAGGUGGAGGUGCAGGUGCAGGUGCAAGAAAUAGGUCUCCUUUCACAGCAACGCAGUGGCAAGAGCUUGAACACCAAGCGCUUAUCUUCAAAUAUAUAAUCUCAGGGAUACCCAUCCCACCUGAUCUUCUCUACAGUGUCAAAAGAAGCUUGGACUGUUCGAUUUCUUCAAGGCUCUUCCCUCAACAUCCCGUUGGGUGGGCAUGUUUUGAGAUGGGAUUUGGCAGAAAGGUAGACCCUGAGCCAGGGAGGUGCAGAAGAACAGACGGGAAGAAGUGGAGGUGCUCAAAGGAAGCAUACCCAGAUUCCAAGUACUGUGAGAGACACAUGCACAGAGGCAGAAACCGUUCAAGAAAGCCUGUGGAAGUUACACCAGCAUCAGCAGCAACAGCAACAGCAACAGCCACAAACCUUUCACCACCCAUCUCUUCGAUCAACAGAAACCUUUCCACAAACACCUCAACCUCUUCUUUCUGUGUCUCUCCAUUUUCUUCCUCUGUGACGUCUGAGAUCCAUCCCCACCGUCAUCCUUGCCAUGAGACCACUCUUUAUCCCUUCCUUUACUCACACUCCUCUUCUAGGCCUCCUGUUCCUGGUUUUUUACCACAAAAUAACACCACCCAUCAACUCUUUUUGGACUCUGGAUCUUAUUCUCCGGCUUGUAAAGAUUACAGGGAGGGCGUUGAUGAUAGAGUUUUUCUCCCAGAUGCUUCAAUGACUGCCAGAAGCCUGCCGGAUUCAUAUCAGAGAUUAACAAUGGGUUCCCAUAAAGGUUACUCCCGCACACAAUUUCAAAGCCUUUCUGACAGCGCAGAGCAACAACAGCAGCAACAAGAACAACGUUGCUUUCUUCUGGGUUCUGAUUUCAAGUCACCAGGAGAAAUUAAAACUGAGAAAAAAGCUGAAAUCCAGAAGCCACUGCACCAAUUUUUUGGAGAAUGGCCACCAAAGAACACAGACUCCUGGCUUGAUCUUGCUUCCAAUUCUAGUGUCCCUACUGAUGAUUGAAAGUGUCAAUACUGGCCAAUAAAGUCCUUGGUGGUGGGUCAAUACCGCCUGUGCUAGGGGAGCUUUAUGUUUUUUGCUAAAGGUGUUGAUGCAUGAUAUGGGGUGACAGGAGGAUUGGUGUCUUUUGCUUUCUUGGUACAUAUUUUAUUCUUCCUCCCCCUAAAGAAACAUGUUUGGGAUUUGUAGACUUUCCUAUUUUAGUGGAAGCAUCUUGUAUCCUCUGGGGUCCCUAAAUUCUAUAAUGGGUAGUAAUCAAUCACAUUUUCAUGUGGGUUUUUGCUUA